AUGGACCUGUAGAUCAUCGACCUAAGCGUUUCUCCUGUUGCAAUGAAAACUGCAUUGCAAAAUAUACUAGCACAUCGACGUGCUUUUAAUAGAUUUCGCACUGCACAGUCCCCCCUGUAUCGUUAGUGAAGUGUCAUCAGUCAUCAGGCUAGGAAGGUAGAUGUUGUAAGAUCGAAACCGGUAUACGAGUAAUCGAAGUCAUUUUUUUUGUUCGAUCGUUAAUUAACACACAAAGCCUAAUUAAAACUAACGAUUAAACGACGUUCUCGUUGCAACUGUAAUAGGUGUCGAUGCUAAAUAAAAAAUGACUUAAGGAUAUUUGUAAAAUUAAAAUUUUUUUUUAUACGGUGCUUUCUAAUAAACGUUUCUCCGAAAGCGAGAAAUGCCUAUCGAUAUGAAUAUUUUAAUAUAAAUGAGUAUUUGAUUAAUCGACUAAUUGCAAAGAAUCAAUCUAAUCUAUUCAUUAUUGGUGACAGUCUUUGAGUCUGGAGUGAAAAGCAAGUGCCGUUCAUUGUUCAUUCAUGAAACAAUGUCAGCCAUAAGCGACCUUCUUGUAGUAACGUCAUCGGAAUCAUGAGACUUAUAUCAAUUAAUUGUGGCUGAGAGUUGAUUAUGUAAAUACAGACAUUAUGCAAAUAUAUGCAGGUGAAGCAGCAGAAACACUUACGCGAUGUCGCCGAGGUCCAGAAGGUCGACAUUUCCGUUUCCGGGCGUCCCAGGAAGGGCGGCCGACGGAAGCGGCUUGUCCGCGCCCAAGUCGUGAGGAUGCUCUCGCAGAAGCAGCCGGAAGUCACUUCCGGCGGUUCCGGAACGGAUGCCGGUUCUGUCCCUACUCCAACAACUUCAGGCGGUGCUGUCACUCCAGGAAGCUACACCAACGGCGAGGGCUCCAAGGAGUUUCUCUCGACCGGCAGAACGGGACGCAGAAAUGCUCUGCCUGACAUCCUUGGACAACACGCCGAUACCGGAACUGCGGAUUUACCUUCGCGACUGGAGGCACUUACCACCGAGACCAAACACGAUCAACCCAGCACCAGUGGAUUGCGUCAAGAGGACCCUUCAAGCUCGCAGCGCACCGGAUGAGAGUGUCAAGAGGAAGAGACCUUAUUUGGACUCUCCAGAAUACAUGCGAGAUGGAUCCCUGAUCUCAUGGACACGCGAAUCAUCUUCAUCGGCUGGCCUGAAGAUUUUUCAUGCUGAUCCAACUUGACAACUGUGCUAUACAUGCAGGAUAUGAUACUUGGUGGAAACACUUAUUGUCGAUGAUAUUUUGCUAAGGGAUGAUCUCUGUUAAGAUACACUUUGUCUAUUAGUCGUCUCUUUGACGGGUAGAUCGACCCAGUUGCGUACAAGGUCCGCGUGGCAGCACAGUAUUACUAUUUGACUACUAUAGGGGCGUAGAAUUUAUUUAUGGAGUCACGAGAGCUUUUCUGCGGGUAUGUACUUUUCUAGACGACCGGUAAGAAUUUCUUGAGGGGUCGGUAUCGAGGAAUUUAUUCUUUUGAUUGUACAUGGGAGGCCUCACGAGCCUUUGUAUUAGGUUAAGGACACUUGUAUAUUAAUACAGAUGUACAAUAUUCGUAAAUAUUCGUCGGGCAGUGUGAUGAAAGUAGACAUUUAUACGGGAUACGAGGGGAGUAGGAAGAAGGAGUCGAAGGGAAGACAUAUACGUUGAGAUAAUUUAUAUACAGCGUACUACGUGAAAUGUACAUAUUAACGUAACAACUGAUAAGGGAUGUCUCAUGAUGGCCUAAAAUCGCGCCUAACUAUUAAGAGCGAGUGGGAAUGCUGACUUUUUUUUACAUCGAGAUUAGACGUAACGAUAAGACUAGUUAUAUUUGAGAUACUACUUGCAGGAGAAUAUUUAGAUUAAUCAAUGACGAUCGAUACCUGUUCGUCUAUUGAUUCUUAAAAGGAAACUUGGACCUGUAUGUGUAUCAGCAAUGCGCGUAGUAAGGCGUAUCUUAUUAUUUGUAUUGUCAUAUUUCUAACGUCAGGUACAAACGGCCGAAUCUCAUAUGCGACACCGAUUAUUAAGAAACUCUCGGUGAUCUUGUACAUCCGACAUUCUAGUCAAUUUGGACCAGUGUUACGUCGAGCCAGAGGGAGAGAAUGAUCCAUACGAAACUUCUUGUUCGACUUUACUUCAAUAUUAUACGUAUCUCCUUUGUGCGACAUUGCGACUCCGAUUAGGAGCGUUUUAUGUGAUUAAUAAAAAAUGGAAUAUGAGUCUUAACAUUAAUGCGUUUAGUUUCACUUUAUAGUUUUAUGCCUGUAAUCAGAUAUCAAUGUGGAUUUGAGGAAAAGAGUUGGUACAAAUGAACCUUUGGUCUUUCAAAUGGGUCGUAAUAAUUCCUGAAUAAAUUUCCUACAGCCUUAUUCAUUACUGCACAAUGACCUACAAGAGUGUCAAUCGUUCACUGUUCGUGUGGAGAACACUGUUUCAUAAUACAUGACUAUAUCUGAAUUCCUCUAUAAAUACAAAUAAACAUAUCUUACGUUCACUA